UCUUUCUCUCUUUGCUGCUGGGCGCUGCUCUCUCCUUAAGACAGCCUUAGACCCUUCACAAGGCGCUGCUGGGAAACCCGUGGGAAUCUGGGAAUGGGAGCACAGCACACGCCCCCCCAACAACAUCACAACCCACACACACACACACACACACACUCAGCUGCACCACCACCAUGCCAAAGGCCACCCGCAAGAAGAAGCUCAAGGAGCAGGACUUCAAGAAAGCGAAACUGAAAGUGGGAAAGAAGAAGCCGGCCGCCAACAACGAUACCAACGUUUCCUUCAAGUCGCAGGCAAUUGUCGUUCCCAACCAAAGCAUCAACGACGACAAACCACAUGAGGAAGUCCUUAGCAGCAAAAACCAGAGCUUGAAAGACCUCCUUGCCCAGCUGCGGCAUUACAGCGCCCAGGCUCGGAAAGAAGCCCUAGUAGGCCUCCGGGAACUCCAACACCGGCACCCCAUCCCCCUCCGAUCGCACCUCAGCGCCCUCUUUACCUCCCUCGCCCCCCUCCUCGUCGACGACGAGCCGCAAGUGCGCAAACUCCUCCUGUCGUUCUUUGAUGACCUCGCGCAAAGGGUCACCGCGGAGCACGUCAGACCGUUCAUGGGCCUGACGAUGGCGUAUACCUGCUCGGCGAUGACGCAUAUUGGGGAGGAGGUUAGGUUGGAUGGGUUGAGGGCGUUGGAUGUGUGGAUUAGACGGUGGCCGGGGAUUGUCGGCGGGUUUGCGGAAAAGGUCAUCCCAAACUAUCUAUCGAUGCUGAUCUCGAAUGGGAAGAACAAGGGAGGCAUGACGAGCACGGGCGCUUCCCUGCUCGUCAACCCUCGUAGCCAACUCGGGUCUGCAAAGACACGUGUGGAAGUCCUUGAGAGCUUGCUGGGUUUUCUUACCUUGAUUUUGCGCAAGGAUGAUGACCCAUGGUGGUUCUUCCCAUCGUCGGCGCCCAAAAAAGCCGCGUCCAGCAUACGUGGACAGCUACGCACAUAUAGAUGGUCGGAUUACAAACAAACAGGCAUCGUAAUACACGAUUCGGUCGAGUACCUGGACAUUCAUACCAAUGCAACCGCGAGCGCAACGACCCCAGGCCUCUUUGGAGCCGGGUCUGGACCAGCCAUCAAGUCAGAUCGUGUAUCGAUCGGUGUAAGCACCAGCACAUCUAAAGUAGACACAUCGAUUCGCAAUGUGUAUCAUUUAGACGAGCUGGAGCAUCUAAAGGCCCUUACGGACGUCCUAAUGCCCACCCUCGUGGAUCUCUGGCUCGAGUCAUCCCCCAGCGUCUUCACGGCGGGCACCAUCACGCUCACGCCAGCGCUCGGGGUGAUGCACUCGGUGUUGAAGAUGAUGAAUCUGAUCUGGAGGACGUUUUUGCUGCAGUUCAAGGACCGCGUCGAUGGCGGGUGGGUUGAGGGGUGGUUCAAGGGGAUUCAAAAACAUUUGAUGGUGCAUUUUCCGUUUGGGAAGGGGAAUUUCGCGCAUAGGGAUAAACAGGUGGAUAACGUCUUGCAAGACAUGAACAUCCUCUUCUGCGAGCUGCUCUCCCACUUCCUCCUCCAAAACCCAACCAAAAACCGGGCCGAGGAAGAAGCCGGCCACUCAUGGCAAGGGCUGAUGCUGGACUAUAUGCUCGACGUCUUCAACGGGAAAAAGUCCAAAGGCGAGACCGCCACCGUCACCCAGCUCACACCCCAACAACUACAAGCCAGUCUCCCCGUAGUCUGGUCACUCCUAAGCACACUCGGCGAACCAGGCUACUCUGAAUUCCUCCAGGCGUUCAUCGCGAUGACCAACGCGGCGGGGGGAACGCCAUGCGCCCCGCUCGGGUUCGAGUUCCUGUUCCGGUUGGUCAAACUGCCACCCUCAGCAUCACCCUCACAAUCAGAUGCCGCCGUCACCACCCACCUCCAAACCUUCCUCCUAACCCUCCCCAAACGCCUCUGGCAACUCAAACAAUCCAACCCCACCCUUACUCUCUCCAUCCUGUCCAUGCUCCUGCACACCCUCCGCAACAACCCGCGCGGCCUCGCCAGAACCCCGGCGUUCGUUACCGGCUUGCAGAGUGCGCUUACACCGUUUUUCUGGGUGGAGACCCCCAAAGGCGGGGUGUUUGGACCGUUUGUGGAGGCGGCGGAGGAGACGCAGGUUCUGGCGUUGAGUGUCGGGUAUUACUUAGGAGCGUGGGGGGAGAAGUUGGCAAGGGGGGUUGCGGAGUGUUUGACGCGUAUGUACCUUUUUUACAUCCCCCCCUCCUGGCGUUACCUGUUGGGAAACUGAUUUGAUUUUCACCUUGAAAUAGAUAUAUCGACUCCGACCUCGACGACGCUAUUCGCCCUCCAACUCCUCCACCACCGCCACACUCAAAGCCCCGACCCGCUCCCGCA